GACACGGUAACUGUCCGGACCAGGAAGUUCAUGACCAACAGACGACUUCAGCAGAAGCAAAUGGUCAUUGAUGUCCUUCCCCCUGGGACGGCAACAGCACCCAAGACAGAAAUUCGGGAAAAACUAGCCAAAAUGUGUAAGACCACACCUGAUGUCAUCUUCGUGUUUGGAUUCAGAACCCACUUUGGUGGUGGCAAGACCACUGGCUCUGGCAUGAUUUAUGAUUCCUUGGAUUACGCAGAGAAAAAUGAACUCAAACACAGACUUGCAAGACAUGGCCUCUAUGAGAAGAAGAAGACCUCAAGAAAACAGAGAAAGGAACGCAAGAACAGAAGGAAGAGAGUCAGGGGGACUGCAAAGGCCAAUGUUGGUGCUGGCAAAAGAAGGAGUAAAGAUUCUUCGGUGACUUUAUCUGUGAUGGUUGUGCAGAUUUUUCACGAGAGGAUUAAUAAACUAUAA